CAACUCCUACGGCGCGUCCGGAUCGCAGCCUCUGCCGCGCGGCCGAGGUUGCGUAUCCAAGAACGGAGGAGGAGCUCGUCGUCGCCGCCUCCAGGGAGAACCGGAAGAUGAAACCCGCCACCCGGUUCUCCCACAGCAUCCCCAAACUGGCGUGCCCUGGCGACGGCAACGGCAACGGUCUUAUCAUCAGCACAAUCCACCUCAACCGGACUUUGAAAGUUGACAACCGGUGCAUGACGGCGACGGUGGAGAGCGGAGUGAGUCUCAGGCAACUGAUCAACGACGCGGCGGAGGCGGGGAUGGCGUUGCCCUACACACCGUACUGGUGGGGGUUGACGGUGGGAGGGAUGAUGGCCACGGGAGCUCAUGGGAGCUCGUUAUGGCGCUCGGCGGGGACCGCCGUUCAUGAUUUCGUUGUCCGGGUUCGGAUUGUGACUCCAGCGUCGCCGGAGGAGGGCUAUGCCACCGUCCGGCAACUCGAGGAAGAUGACCCGGAGAUCAAUGCAGCUAGGGUUUCCCUAGGCGUCCUUGGAGUCAUUUCACAGGUGACCCUCAAAUUGGAACCAAUGUUUAAACGGGCCGUGACAUAUGUGGAGGAAGAUGACACGGAGUUGUGGGAGGGAGCAGCCGCGUUUGGGUGCCAACACGAAUUCGGAGACAUGACUUGGUUUCCAAGCCAGAGAAGAGUCGUUAAGCGCAUUGAUGAUCGGGUCAAGACAAACGCGCCCUCUAAUGGUCUCAACGAUUUCUUGGGAUUCCGAUCCACUCCUUCAACCGUGUUAAGCCUCACGAGGGCUGCAGAGGAAAAUCAAGAAGCAAUCAAUGAUGCGAAUGGGAAGUGCAUACUUGCCAAUACAUCCACAUUCGUUACAAAAGUUGCUGCAUAUGGCUUUACCAACAACGGUGUCAUCUUUACCGGGUACCCUAUAAUUGGGUACCAAAAUCGACUCCAAUCAUCGGGUACUUGCCUAGACAGCCCAAAUGAUGGAUUACUAACAGCUUGCCCAUGGGACCCUAGAGUCAAGGGAUUAUUCUUUCACCAAACAACAUUUAGCGUCAGUCUCUCCAAAGUGAAAGGUUUCAUACAAGAUGUACAAAAGUUGGUGAAUCUGGACCCAAAAGCAUUGUGUGGCGUGGAGUUGUACAAUGGCAUACUCAUGAGAUACGUCACAUCUUCGGGUGCAUAUUUAGGAAAACAAGACGAUGCGAUAGACUUUGACAUUACCUACUAUCGGAGUAAAGAUCCAACGACUCCUAGGCUUUAUCAAGACUUCAUAGAAGAAAUUGAACAGCUCGCAAUUUUCAAGUAUGAGGCCUUGCCACAUUGGGGGAAGAAUAGAAAUGUGGCCUUCCUAGGGGCAAUAAACAAGUAUGCAAAGUUUGAUGAGUUCUUGAAAGUUAAGGACAAGUAUGAUCCUAAAGGGUUGUUUUCAAGCGUUUGGAGUGAUCAAGUUUUGGGUCUUGGGGAAGGAUUGACCAUUUCAAAGGAGGGAUGUGCUUUGGAAGGGCUGUGUAUUUGCUCCCAAGAUUCUCAUUGUGCUCCGAGAAAAGGGUAUUAUUGUCAAUCAGGGAAAGUAUACAAAGAUGCUAGGGUUUGUGCUAAGAUAAGCAACUUUUCAUGAUCAUAUAAUAAAUAUAUACACAAUUUGCUUAAGAGUAUAAUAUACACUCCUUUUUAAUUUACUCAUACAUGAAAAAAUUUUGUCUAGCCUGGCUUGUAUAAUUCUUUUUUCAUCCUUACAUUUUCUUCUUAUUUUAAUUUUUAUGUGAUCAAUUAAUGAAGGUAUAAUUU